UUAUCACAUGAAAAUAGUUUUAUCAGUCUUUUAGACGGUUUCUCGAGUUGACUAGUCAGUCUAGUCUUUACUCUUUAGUUAAGUCAAAUUUAUUCUGUUCGCUGACGACGACGACGCCAUCACAGAGAUGAAAUUCUUUCAAGCGGCUUCCAGGUGGUCGAAAAACCACAAGUUUUUUUUGACCAGUUUUGGUGUGUUAGCUGGUGGUGGUAGUUCCAUUAUUUAUGCACUCGAGCAGUCGAUUCAUGCUUCUAAUGACGCAGCUCACGUGGCUAAACAAAAAUGGAAUCAUAACGGAUGGUUUGAUACAUUAGACCACGCUAGUGUUCGUCGAGGAUGGGAAGUGUACAAAAACGUUUGUGCAGCAUGUCAUAGCGUUGAGUACUUGGCAUAUCGUGAGUUAGUUGGAGUAUGUCUGACCGAAGAUGAAGCCAAAGCUGAAGCUGCAGAACAAAUGAUUGAUGACGGACCUGAUGAAACUGGUGCCAUGUACAAAAGACCUGGCAAAUUAUCGGAUAUAUUACCAAAACCUUAUCCAAAUCAAGAAGCUGCUCGUUAUGCUAAUGGUGGCGCAUACCCACCAGAUUUGACUUACAUCACUCAAGCUAGAAUAGACGGAGAGAAUUAUAUCUUUGCUUUAUUGACUGGUUACAUGGACCCACCAGCAGGAAUUUCAUUAGCAGAAAAUCAACAUUAUAAUCCUUACUUCCCUGGUGGUGCUAUUGGAAUGGCUCAAGCAUUAUAUGAUGAGAUAAUUGAAUAUGGAGAUGGAACUCCAGCUACACAAAGUCAAUGUGCAAAAGAUGUUAUCACGUUUUUAAAAUGGUGUGCUGAACCAGAACAUGAUACUAGAAAAUUAUUUGCAAUGAAAGCAUUCACAGUAUUAGGAGUUCUUAAUUUAGUGGUCUGGUAUCUUCAUAGACAUUAUUGGUCAGUAUUGAAGAGCCGCAAAAUACUACAAAGUCCUAAAUCUUUCUUCAAAAAGUAAACUGUUUUAGCUCAUUGCAAAAAUUGAAAAUAUAAAAAAUAAAAAAAUUCGUAAUGUUUUAAAAGUUAAAUGUUAAUAUCAACUCUUGUAUGUAUGUUAGCAAUCAAAAUUUGUACUCACUGCUAAAUUUUAUGUUUAUAAACCAAAUGCAAUUUUAUUUAGAUUAUAAUUCAUUUGAGUAGUUUAAAGCAAACCGUUUUCAACCCUUUUGAUGCUAUAUUAUGGACUAUCGUAUUAUUUUUACAUUUAUUUUUCACAUAGUAUGUUGAAUAAAAUAUACGCUGUUGCA